AACCAAAAUAUAAUUUGUAAAAAAAAUAUUUUUUAUUCAGAAGACAGUCAAAUUUAAAGUAGUCAAACAUGUAUUUCUGGUUUAAGUAAGAGUAAGAUUAGGCGUGAUAAUUGCCAAGAUAAUUACAGACAACAUAAUUUAAUAUCCUGUGGCAAUAAUGUAUGCAACGUUGCCAUAACAAAAAAAAAAAAAAAUAAUAAUAUAAUGAAAACACUAAUCAAUACGUUACAUAAAAAUAUAAAAUUAUGUGCUUACCAUGCUUCAGACAGGGACAAGUAGUAGCUGGUCAAAACAAAACAAAAAAACACGGAUAUGUAGUUUAUGUUGAAUAGUAUUCCAUUUCAUGGAGUUGUUUUAUGAUUAUUUAUUUACUUGAAGAUCUAAUGUUACUUGUAUUUACAAAUUAAAAAACCAAAGACAAAUAAGAAGUCUCUUUUCAUUUGCAAUAAACUUCCCAAUUGAAUUGAUAUUUAAGUAAACACAAAUUCAACAAAUCGGGGGAAAAAUUAGAACUGUCCCAUUGCAAUGUUUUUGGCGGCAAUUUAAGGCUCUGAAUUGAAAUAUUCGGAGCCUGAAAUAUAGGGAAAAGAGAUCAAAAUUUCUUGACUGAUGGCAACAUAAAUAAUUAAUUAUAUAUGUAUCUAACAAGCUCAGAAUGUUCUUUGAAGGGCCACAUGAUUUUUCAUGCGUAGUUUCUUGUCAAUAUUAUAUCAACUGAGGAUAUUGUUUGUGCAAAAUAUAAUUGGAGUAGAAGUUUUCAGCUUGGAAUGGAUUCUCUGAAGUUGAUAAUAAGCGAAUUUCCUAGAAUUUUCCUUUUUAAGAUAGAAAUAAAAGGUUUUAUUUUAUAAAAAAUAAUAAAAUGGGGGAAAUAUUAAAGAAAAAAGAACUUUAGAGAAAUUUACGCAUCUCAAUUUAAGAGGACUUGCUCCCUUUCUAGCUAGUUAAGAAUGUUCAUCAGAAAAUUGCCUGUUUUUGCGUUUGUUCUUUUCAUUUCUUUUCCCCUAUUUUUCAGCCAUCCAUUUUUUCCUGAAAGUUUCAAUCUUCUUGUUUCAAAGAAUUCACAAAUGUAUUGACAAAAAAAAAAAACAAAAAAGGAAAGAAUCCACAGAUGUAACAAAACUUGAGAUAGAGAGACGUAGAUUGAAAACCAAAUGGUUUGGAUUUUCAAGAGUCAAGUUUUUCUGCUGCAGGUCAACCGCCAAGACUUGAACUUGCUUUACCUUCUCCUUUAUUGAAUACAAUCUUUCAGUUUGAUCAAAGGCAGACCAUUGAAAGAAAUCUUUUUGCUACCUGGUUUCAUCAUAUAGCCAGUAAAAUGUAAACAAGGCCAUAGGUUUAGCCAUUAGUGAAUCAGAUUCUGCUGUGAGUUCAUUUGAGGAUGGCUUCAGUUUAUGUCUUUAGGGUCAUCUUCUUGCUUUCAUGUCUUCUUCUUCCACUUCAUGUCGCUGUAGAAUCGAAGUGUCCAACCUCAUUUGACUGUGGAUAUCUGGGCAAGAUUCAAUUCCCAUGGACCACCUCAGAAUACUCAGAUUGUGGCUUAUUUGUAAUACAAGGUUGUGAUGGUCCUAAUGUUCCUAAAACUCUACCAAGCAAUAAAGGAACAACCUUGGAGGUUUUAACUGUCAGUCAUUCUGUUUCUGCUGAAUCUACCAUUGUUAUCAGGGACUUGGGUCUCCACGACCGUUUAAGAAACAGAAACUGCGAAGCCUUUACUAGUAAUUACACUCUUCCUCUCACCUUCCCUUCUCCUUUGGCUUCUUUCAAGAUGACAAACAUUGUACUCUUCUUCAGAUGCAACCGAACCCUCCAUGUCAGAAAUCCUGGUUCUUUCUUCAAUUUUACCUGUGGUGAUUCUGAUGUCAUUUAUUAUGAUCGUACAUACCCAGAGAGCAAUCAGAGCCAUAGCUUAUUAUUAUCAUCUUCAUGUUCCGUUAUUCAGUUUCCUGUCAAGGACCUGCCUGAUACUUAUGACCCUUUUACUUUCAUAGCUUCCUCGGUUGUUCUUCAAGUACGAUUAUCUGAUGAUUGUAGUAAGUGUCACUAUGACAAAGCAGGUCAUUGUCAACUUGACCCCAACAGAAUCUUUUACUGCGAGGGAGGUACAAUCUAAUGAGGUGUUUGGUCUGAGGAUAUUCUAGACCAAAUAGAUGAUAUGUAAUGCUUGUUUUUAGUAUGGUUUGUUCUAAGUGAUACGGGAUAGAAACAUUUUGAAUAGUGUCUUGAAUAGUGUCCAAAAAUUAUGCAGAUUUUUCAAUUUUUCUUGCUUUGUUCUGAAAUCUUGAUACUUUAACAGUAGCUGGUAUCGCUCUGGAUUGUGUCUUUGACUGAUUCAAGUGACUGUUCAUUAUGGGUAUAACCAAGUCUGACAUUUUACUGUUUCAUCCAGCAAGCUGACUGAACAUGAUUCUCAUUAUUGUCUUUUGCUUUAGACUUCAUUGCUUACUCUUUUUUUUUUUUUGACUAACAACUUCGUUGCUUACUCUAAAAAAAUGUCUUCUUUAAUUUUU